CAUCUCAUCAUGUUUGCUUCUGUAAUUCUUUUUUUCCUCUCAAUUUUAUUCCUCUUAUUCCAUCUCAAAUCUAAAAGACCAAAGAAUUUUCCACCAGGACCCCCGACUCUACCCCUUAUUGGGAACCUUUUACAUCUUGGCCAGGAGAACCCUCUAGAAGACCUUGAGAGGCUCAGACUCUCAUAUGGAAAUGUCUACAGCCUGUUUAUUGGUUCCAAACCAGCUGUGGUUGUCAGUGGGCUAAAGGCCAUGAAGGAGGCGAUAGUGGUGAAGGGUGCUGAAUAUGCUGGAAGACCACAAGACAUGUUUGUAAAUGAUGUCACAGAGAAUAAAGGAGUGGUUCUGGCAGAUUACGGCUCGACAUGGAAAGAACAUCGACGCUUUGCUCUGAUGACCCUAAGGAACUUUGGUCUUGGAAAAAAGUCAAUGGAAGACAGGAUUAAUGAGGAGAUUCAAUACACAAUAAAAACACUAGAACAGAGCCAAGGUGGCAUACUGAGUCCACAGGUUAUGUUCCAUAACGCAGCCUCCAACAUCAUCUGCCAAGUUCUGUUUGGCGCACGCUAUGAGUACAAUGAUGAGUCGAUGAAAGUUAUUGUCCGGUGCUUCACAGAGAUUGCCAAGAUGGCCAAUGGACCAUGGGCUAUGGUGUACGACUCUCUUCCGAUAACUCGCAGCCUGCCACUGCCCUUCAGAAGAGCCUUUAAAAAUUAUAAGACUUGUCAGAAUAUUGUCAUGGAAUUGGUGACUGAGCACAAGAAGACCAGAGUUCCUGGAGAGCCUCGAGACUUUUUAGACUGCUAUCUGGAUGAAGUGGAUAAGAGAGGCAAUGAUGGUUCUUCGUUUUCAGAGGAAUUUCUUACAAACUACAUACUAGAUCUUCACUUUGCUGGGACAGACACCACCUCCAAUACCCUGCUGAUGGGGUUUCUUUACCUGAUGAACUACCCACACAUACAAGAACGGUGUCAGAAGGAAAUUGACCAGGUACUCCAAGGGAAGGAUCGGGUCAGCUUUGAGGACAGACAAAGCAUGCCUUAUGUACAGGCUGUGAUCCAUGAAGUGCAGAGGACUGCCAACACAGUUCCUCUCAGUGUUUUCCACUGUACAACUAAGGACACCGAGCUCAUUGGAUACUCCAUUCCCAAGGGAACAAUGAUCAUUCAGAAUCUGACCUCGGUUCUGAGGGAGGAGGGACAGUGGAAAUUUCCUCAUGAAUUCAACCCUGAAAACUUCCUGGAUGAACAUGGAGAGUUUGUCAAACCAGAUGCCUUCAUGCCUUUCUCUGCAGGUCCUCGGAUGUGUCUUGGAGAAGGUCUGGCUAGAAUGGAGCUCUUCCUCUUCACUGUGACUCUGCUGAAGAAGUUCAAGUUCAUCUGGCCGGAGGGUGCAGGGGAACCAGAUUUUACUCCAGUUUUUGGAAUCACUCUAACUCCAAAACCUUACAACAUGAAGGUCCAACUAAGAUCCUAGGAGUGAGGACAGAAGAAACACACAGCAUUAAAAGCGCAAUAGCUUGGAUAUAAAAAUUACAUUUGUUUAA